AUGGAAGGGGUAAAUGCCGCCAACCAGCAGAUUCUGCUGCUCACCGUGGCGGAAGUAGACAAACGCAUAAAGGAGGCGCUGUACUCGAAUGAAGUGGGUUGCCCUGAGACCGUGCUGUAUGAGCUGUCUCAAGCAACCUACCAUGCCGCGUUUAAGGAACGGAUUUCUAAGGCAACAUGGAGUUGUCUCAAGUCGAGCACUCCACGCGCCAGACGCAUUCAAAAGGCACUAACGCUGCUUACAUACCUUGCACUAAACGGUGCCCAAGCCUGCACAAACGACAUCAUCACUCGUCUCGACGAUAUCACCGCACUGCACGACCGAAAGUUCCCACCGCAUAUGAGAGAUUUAGAGAUCAUCAUUAAGGACAAGGCAAUAAAUCUCGUGAGCCUAGUAUGCGACAAGCAGCUGCUGGAAAAGAAACGUAAGGAAGCGGUUGCAAUUCGUUCGCGCUUUGUAGGAGUUGCUUCGCACAAAGGUCAUGUGGAGACGCAAAUGAUGUACAAACCGGUUUAUGCGGUUGACGCCAAAGCGGGACUAAUUGGUCGGGCAGCUACUGAAGCGUCAAAGAAAUGGAAUGAGGUGUUCCACUCCAACAGAGAGAAAGGCAAAUCUGGAAGAAUACGUGAAAUGUUCAACCUGAUGAAGAAGAAUGGCAAAACGGGUAAAGCAUCUGGCAGCAAACCACAGCAGAUGCGUACGUUGGGCACACGUACAGACACGGCAUACUACCGCCCGGACAUGCACCACAAUUAUACGCCGGGAUUAUACAAAGGCAGCAUUGCGGAGCCACGUCACCACCGAGAUGGAGACCGCAGUGGAGAAUCUGACAGCUCAGACUAUGAGGGGAGCUCUAGCGAAGAGGGUUCCGAUUCAUCUACAGACUCCACGUACAGCGCCGCACACUCAAGGACGCGAUACAGAAGAGACGAAUCUGGUGUAUCCAGGCUGUCUACUGAUAGCGUUAGCGAUAGCGACGGGGACUACGAGGAGAGCAGCGAAAACCCGGUGCAUGGUAGCAAGACGCGUUACCAACCUGCCCGUGCUGGUAACAAAGUGGAGCAUUACAGGCACAGCGGUAGAGAAGGAGAUCUGAAAGCGCCGUGGAAAUACCCAUUGGAACGCCAAAACAAUAUUGCGGAUAACAUGGAGCGGCUCUCACUCAGCGACUCCCACAAAAAGUAUCAACCGAAGGGUAAAGCAGAGAAUCUGCAAGCGCAGGAUAGAUAUGAAGAUUCAUACGCAAAUGUGCGACGCGACAGUUAUCGCGCAAAUCCCUUCGCACGGCUAUCGCACUACUGA